AUGAUAGAUAUUGACAAUAAUUUGCCAUUGACAAUUGAUUCAGUCAACAAUAUUAGUGAAGAUACUAUUUUUGCUGAACAUUUUCUGAAUAGGCAUAAUGAACUUAGAAAAUUGCAUGGUGCUCCAGAACUAGUUCUCAGCUCCGAACUUAUUACAAUGGCCUGUAAAUGGGCUAACAAAUUGUCAGAAAAAAGACAUGUUGCUUUUGCAGAAAUAAGUGGUGUUGGCGAGAAUAUCACAGUCUUUCCCGAAGAUAUUAGUGCAAAAGAAAUUGUUGAUUAUUGGUAUGAUGAAAAUAGAAAAUACGAAUAUGAAACACCUGGAUGGCAAGCAGGUGCUAAUUAUUUUACUCAAAUUGUUUGGAAAUCAACGAAAGAAAUAGGAGUAAGCCGUGUCAAACUUCAAUUAUCAUUUGUUGAAAAUCAACAAAAUACAAAUAAAGAAGAUAAUUCUGAAAUUUUAAAGAGAAAUAGUAAAUCGGUAAUUGUAGUCGCAUUUUAUAGGCCAGCUGGAAAUUCUAAUCGUAGUGGACAGUUUGCACUUAAUGUUUCGAAACCAUUAAUUGAGAAUGGGGCAAUGAGGUGAAAGUAAAAAUUUUUGUAAGGGCUAUGUAAUUCUGUUGAGUGAAUUCGCAAAAUAUUUUUUUGUAAAUAUUUAUAAAAAUAUUUUUAAAUUUCUCAAUGUUUUUACUCAUCAAAAAUAUUUCCAUGAAAAUAAAUACAAUUAAAAAUGAAUUUUUGGGCUGCUUUUAUAGAAAAAAUAAAUUUAAUUUUUAGAGAAAGAAUAGGGGAAACCAAACAAUUAUAUAUCCAAUAAAGGUAUUCGAAAAAUUUUGAUUUAAAUGUGGGCUGAGAAAAAAAACCAAAUAAAUAUAGAAAAAUGUUUUUUACUAAAAA